AUGGGGGUCACGUUUGUGGGAAUGAUUUUUGACGCGAUGUACUAUCCGAGGGGUGUUCGAUAUUCUACCUUGUUCCUGACGACACGUCUCCAGGUUGUUCGGCAUACUUACCUUUCAGAUCUACCGAUUUUUCCACCACAACAAUCGAGACCGGCUAAGUCUGAAAUUUCUUGUGAGUAG